CCGAACAUGAUCCCAGAGGCUGCCCGGACGACAGGGAAGAAGCCCGCGGCCGAAGGCGCGAAGCAGGCCUGAGGAGCCGCCGGCCGCAGCGGGAGGCAUGCUCCCCUCCCUGCCCACCCUGGCCGUGCUGGUGCCCCUCCUGUCCUUGGCAGGCUUGUUCUACUCCGCGAGCGUAGACGAAGCCUUCCCACAGGGCUGCACCAGCACAAACAGCUUAUGUUUCUACAGUCUCCUGCUUCCUGUUACAAUACCGGUUUAUGUAUUCUUCCACCUCUGGACCUGGAUGGGGAUUAAGCUUUUCAGGCACAACUAGUGCCAUGCAUCUGCUAGCCCCAGGGCUUCCCUAAAGCAGCACGGUUUGUUUAAUCUCGUCGGGUAUUGCAGUGGGUUUGAGAGAGUUCCCUUUUGCCGCUAGUGACUGUCAUAAUUUUCCUAGUGGUAUGUGGAACUUUAGGAAGUCCUCUGCAACAGCCUACUACUUAAUUACUGCUAAGGCAAAUAAAGAGAAGGAAUAACAAGAACCACUAAUUCCUUCCAGUGUAUCCCGUCAAGUGUUGGGCAUUUGUAGUGGCACUAAUGAAAAUCUUCUAGGUGGUGAUUGCUUUUACAAGGAAGAAUUGUACCCUGACUGGACUAAAUGAUCUUAAAUAAUAAAAAUGACAUGCAGCAUGA